AUGGAGAAGGAGUCGGGCGACGAUUAUAUCCGACGCAUUGCUAGCUACAUCCACGCGCACGAACAAGGUCUCGCCGCUGCUGGUCUCAUUCGCAAACGGCGCGCCAAGAAUGUCUCCGAAUCGUCCAUCCUUAAUCCUCUCGGCUGGUUUGCGACUGACAGUGCUGUUGGUCCACCAUCAAUCAAGCCUGUCAUUCUUACAUUUGAUGCACACCAUUUAUUCUACCUCUUAAUGCGUCUUGAGGCCCUUGGAAUUGAUGUUGGCUCGCUCGAAGUUAGGACUGACAGCCCAUCACGACCCAUGAACUACAUUAACAUAUUCCCCGACUCAGACAAAUCAGAAACACUCUCCCUUCUUUCAUUUCGCUCAUCUCUAUCUGCGGUCUCGCGCCUUUCCCUCGGCGCGGGCUGGUGGGGCCGACCGCUACCGCCCAGUGUGGACAACGAGCUCAAGUACAUCUACAGUUGCUUUACAAAGCUUCCUGCACUCUCUUUACGCGCUCCCGAGGCACGAAUAAUAGCUGAUAUCGCCAACGAGGCACCUAACGAGAAUGCGCUCCCUCUCGAUGUUUUCAAGAAUCUACAGACGUUGCAAUGUGUAGACAUUGAUCCGCGCACACUGCUUGGAUGGGAUAGGCUUGCCGAGAGUUUGCGAAGCUUAAUCAUCAAGAACAGUGGGAUUGAGGAUUUCUCAGACAUAUUUAUUGGUGCAGUUCUUGACGAUCAGGCGCGGAGGGACGGGCGCGCGCAAAAUGCCAGGACACGCCAGGUCUCUCGAGGUGUUUCCCGGUCAACAUCAUUUUAUGGCACUCGGCUUCCUGACACUGUUCCGGAGGACGUGGAAGACGAAUCCGACGAUACAAGUAUGAAGGAGACGCCCAAGCCUACAUCUCCUGCGGAGCUGUCAUCGUUGAAGUGGGCUUUUCUCCGCCAUUUGUCGUUGGCCGAUAAUGCGCUCACGUUUCUACCAACCUCUCCCCUGCCCUAUUUGACAUCGCUCACUCACCUCGAUCUAUCUUCUAACCUGCUUGUCUCCGUCCCGCCAGGACUUUCACUACUGUACAAUCUCGUCUCGUUAAAUCUCUCAGACAACAUGAUUGAUUCGGUGUUGGGCAUUUACACGGUACUGGGCCAAGUUCUAUACCUCAACCUAUCGCGCAAUCGACUUGAGUCGAUAUGUGGUCUUGAGCGAUUGUUGGCACUUGAACGGGUCGACUUACGGCAGAAUGUUAUCGAGGAGAGCGCUGAAAUCGGGCGUCUGGCAACAUUACCAAACAUUAGAGAGGUAUGGGUGGAAGGUAAUCCAUUAGUAGAUCUCGAAGAAAGUUAUCGGAUCCGCUGCUUCGACUGUUUUUGCAAAGAGGGGAAGAGUAUUCAAUUGGACGGUUCCCCGCCUGGCUUCUAUGAGAAGAUGUACCUCAGUUCGCCACCUCUGGAACAGAUGAGUUCCCCUCGACCGCCCUCUGUGGCUUACACUCCGCCGGUUGUUGCUGUUGGACAUCCUCGCGUCAACAGUCCAUCGCCGAUGCCCAGUCCGCUACAGUCAUCAUCAUCACCGCCCUCGACUCCGAAUACACCAUCGCCUCAAUUGGCGGCAGUCAAAGGACGGCGGAAGAGGAACAAGCGGAUUGUCGAUUUGGACGGCAUCAUCCCGUGUUGA